AUGUUUUGUGAGAAGCUGACAGGUAUAUCCCUGAUUCAUGAGCUGGGAAACGGACUGUCUAACGUCGUGAACUUCAAUCUGGGUGGACUUGCCACCGGCACCAAAGUCCUUCCGGAUGCUCCAGGAUAUAUAUUCUUUAAUGAGAGAAGAGUCGAUUGUCUCUUCGAUAGGCGAAUUGAAAAGGGAAUAUCCUCACUCAGCAGACUACUCGGAAUUCUCGGAACCGGAAACACAUUUGAGUCGCAUCCAUGCGUCCCCCCAGGACAGGUCGCUGCAAAGGUUAUGCCGGAUGGUUUCAUAUCACGUCCUAGCUCAUCCAAUGAGACAAAGGAAUCAGAAAUGACAAACAUCUUCACCGGCGUCCAAUUUGAAUACCGCAAUGGAUAUAUUUCAAAGCCAUACUUUGAGACACGUCUGUGCGUUAUAAAUCCUGAGUCGCCGAAAACGCUAGGCUCACAUCGACCUAACUUUGAGCCUAAUGUAUUGGCGAGUUCGCGCGGGUUUACAAAUAUCACCAUUGACACUGGAAUGUGCAUGUUCUCGAGAGCCAGGCUCGCGGCACCGCCGAAAGAUGAUGAAUCAGGGGUCCCUGUUACAAAUGAGGCACUAAUUCCGCCAUUGCCUAGCAUUGACCCGACGAUGUACGAGCUCGAGAUUAUUGCAAGGCUGUCAGCCACCAUUGCUGAUAUAGUCGGUCGUCUCGAAAGUCAAGACACUGGAGUUGUCGUCAACCUAGAUAUACCGGACUUUCAAUAUUAUUGGAAAGCUUGCAGUCUUCUUCAGAAGGGAUUGGUAGACGGUGAUUACGUGCAAACGUGGAUGGGUGCAAUGGACUUAAGAAAGAGCCAGCUCGGCGCCGUGAUGACCGAAAUGAUCCGAUCGGCAAUGGACGACCGAGGUCUUGUUGGUUUGAACGUUCAGAUGAAGACUGCUGCAGGAAGUGUACCAACCGUCGACGAUGUGAUUGAUGCGUUGACAUCUAAAGGGCCCGAAGCUGCAAAAUGGAGGGUGUUUUUGAGCGCAGCGCGUGCGCAAGAUCAACCCUCAACAAUGGAUGAGCUGGGAAAGCUGGUGUAUGUAUUCAAAACUGUCAAGUCUGUGUUGACACUAGGCACUGUUUCAAUACCGACUAGUCAUGUUGGAACUGCUGUAGGGAGAAGUCUUAUUGUCCAAGUCAAUGACGUUACAGACUGGAGGAUUUUUGAUAGGGCGAAGACGUUUCUAAAAAGGUAUUCGAAAAUUGCUGGCAUCUGCAUGAAUGAGACUAUUAUCGUCGGCGUUUUCCCUUUGCAGAGGAUCUUUCUUACCGGAUCUGGUCGAUCGAAUUUAUAUGACCACCAAUCAUCGCGCGAAUAUUUAAAUCAAGAGAAGCGCCGUUACCUGCUUGAUUGUCUCGACAUUAUACAACAAGUCCAUGGAACGAAUGUGGCCCAGCAACUACGGCACUCAGUUUACAUGGUCUUCCUUCACGAUGAAAGGUUUUAUGGCCAUAUUCGAGCGGCGAGCCGUAAUGGUUGUUCGAAACAUGGUCAGAAAGUCCGUGCCUGUAUUUGCAAAGAUCGAUGGCCAGUUGAGGAAAGUGUUCCAAGAUUUGCUCCAAGAGUUGAAUAA